GGCUGUGCCAGUAGUUUCUGGGCUGAUACUGAUACCGACGGAUUAUUAGCGGUCGUGGUCGUGGUCGUGGUCGUGGUGUCGGCGCGCUGCUGGGCGACAAAGGCCUCGCGCUGCAUGUCGAACCUAGCGCAGUCGGCGCGCACCUCGAGCGCGUCCGAGUCGGAGUCCGAGAUCUCGCUGGCGUCAUCGUAGUAUCUGUCGCCGUCGUCGUCGCCGCCGCCGCUAAACGUGGCCACGGCAGGAUCUAGGUCCAUGUAAUCAUGAUUGUGCCCCGGGGCGGCAUCUGCCAUGUCGAAAUCCAUCGUCAACGGCAAAAGGCUGUAGUCAUCAAUAAUGCAGUCCUGUCCCGUCAACGUCUUUUCUUUUUGGUGGUGGUGGUGAUGUUGCACUCGGUAUUUGGCCGCCCUCCGCCAGUUGAUGCUGUAUUGUAUGUACUGUACAGCACGGAUAUGAUGGUGUCUCGCAAGGCGCACGCAACUAUUCCAUACCGCAAUCCGAUUUCAGACGGCCGCGGGCUUUUAAAAGCAGGCAGGCUCAAUUCUGAGGCGUUGCAAAAAUGGCCGCAGGACUGCAGCCCAAGCAAGGCCCCAGUCAAAAUUGCGUCGUGUGGUUCUAGACUUUGACCAAUACGGAGUAGACCUUGCAGCAAUUGAACUGGUCACUAGGUCGCAGACUGUUGGGAGCUCCAACGAGCGUUGCUGUUCAA